GCCUCUGGAACGGAACAAGCUUCGAGCCACAUGCUCAAGAGGCUGAGAAUACGCGAAAACGAUGGUGAUGCUAAUGGUGCAGGUCCGCCGAGCUGAGGACUAUACACGAAGCAAUAAUAGGGGGCUCAGUCCAAUCAUUUUCGCCAAAGAACCUGGUCUUAAAGGACAUGGCAUGAAUUUACCAAUUGCCGAAACAAGAGUUGCCUUCAAAUUCAGCAUAUUGGGGUUAGUGCAAGUAUCGGAUAGGUAUAUCGGCAAUGGAUCCUCGCGUACGCUUUCUUGAAAUGUGGUGGGCAGCGAACAGGAGUACUAGGAUCACUCACCGGAUCUCCAAGCACAGACACAGGUUUGUGUCGUUCAGCUCAUUGAUCCCAGGACAACACGCACGCCAUAGUAGUCUUCUUGGAGAAUAGACUCAGCGACCAUGGUUCAACAAAUCUUCGUAAGUAUGGUGAAUAAUUCUCCCUCGUGCCCACGGAAGGACGCUGCUGAUGCUGUAGAAGUGAUCCCUCCUUCUUUGCCACAUUCCAUAUGCUUUAGGGAUAUGCAAAACACACUCGCAGGGACCCGAUUAAAAGUUUGCGUCCAUUCCCAGAGCGUGUUCAAUCGCGCUGCUACCAGACUGCCGUAUCUGCCCUCGGAGAUGCUCUGUUCACGGCAUGCAACAUGAUUUACCUCAGUCUCCUCUCUACAUCCUCUGUCUAGCUCACUGAUCCAGUGCAUCCCGGUCGAAUACGUACGGUGAACCUAGACGAAGGAGCGGUCAACAUGCGAAAAAAACGCCUCACAACAUCUAAGACAACCCCUAGAGCUGUACGCAGGUCUAGCUCCGUUGCCGGCCUCCUUUACGACAUUUCAGAUAGCCAACGCAUCCCCCUGGGAACCAGCCACGACACAGCCUUUAAAUACGUGUUCGUUGAGAACGGGGAACCAUAGCGAUAGGAUGUUGUUUCAAGAUGCCUAUACACUGCUGACGACGAAUCAAGUGGCUAUGCCACUCAUGACUAAACGCCAAGGUGGCGAAUGAAUCGCCUUCACGGCUGAUGGACCUGAUGAUUGAUUCUUAUUGACGCGCGCGGUAGGCCAAAGGCGCUUAUUCAGAAGGGUAAAAGGGAGAGGGAAAUGCGCUCAUGCUUAUAAAGGAGCCUGUGCUCAUACAGG